AUGGACACCGCCCGGCCCUCGCGCCGCAAGAAGACGGCGACUUCUGUCCCGGAAGACGCACCCUACGCACAGGAUGAAUCCCAGUUCGCUCCCUUGCCCAGCGCAUCCUUCUCGCAAUCUUCCUCCACCAUCCGUCCGGUUACCCCCGAGUCGAACCCAGACAUCGACCAGUCCUUCACCCAGGCCCCCGACGACCAACCGGCCGCCGACUUCAGCACCGCGACCUCUCCCGCGACCUCCCCCAAGACCCUGGCCCGCGACGGCUCCCAGCACAUGCACCGCGGCUUGGUCAACCGGACCGCGGCGACGGCGAACGAUGGAGAGUACGCCAUGAGGAGCUCCCGCGAGCCGUCCAGCCGCCCGCGCACCCGGACCAUGGAGGAACGAACGUCGAGAGACCGCUCGCCCGCUUCGCUGUUCCAGAAGAACCGUCACCGCAUCGGUUCAGUCCACUCGACCGGUCCAGUCCCCUUUCAAGGACUCGACGACACCGUCACUUCCAUCGGCCACCCAUCCACCAUCUCGCCCCCGCCCGUUUCCUCUUCGCGGAACAACUCUGGCUCGCGGGCACGUCUCAUGAAGCAGCCGCCGCGCCCGACCUCUCCGUUGCCCCAUUCGCACUCGGCCCAACCGGAUUCGUGGGUGUCGCCCGUCCCCGCCUCUGACGCAAAGAAGAUACUGAAACUCAUGCGGUCGACUUGUGGGCGGAUGAAGGGCAUGCUGGCUUUCAGAAGGGGAGACGCAAGCCCUUGGGCGUUGUCGUAUUGUUACAUCAACGAAGAGUCCGGCAGUUUGGUGUAUGAGCCCAAGAACGACAACUCCUACCAUCGGACCCUGAUCCCGGAUCUGCGUGGCUGUCGGGUCAAGACCGCGUAUGACGCUGAAUCCUACACCGCCUAUAUCGAUGUCAACCUACACAAUUCCAACCUGGAGGUUCACCUGCGCCCUCCGACCCAGGAGGAAUACGAUUCAUGGUUUGCCGCUCUCAUGUGCUGGCAACCCAUCCGCCCCAAGGGAAUCCAGAAUAAAAUGGCAAAGCCUCAGCAACCACUCUCGAGCGCAAGCGGCAGGCCACCGCUCGACAGCCGAAGGCACUCGGAGAUCUCUCUCUUGAAGGAGGCGCCGAUAAUAAAAGUUGGAAAGAUGAUUUUUUGGGAUACAAAUGUAUCAUACGGCAAUGCCGGUAAUCCCAAGUCUGCCCAACCCGCGGCAGCUGGGUCGGCUCGGCCUGCUGCAGCGACUCGCAUGCAGAGCUUCGGUGCUCGCAGGUGGCGACGUGUUUCCUGCACACUGCGCGAGAACGGUGAGCUGAAGCUGUACUCGGACACUGACGUCACGCUCGUGUCGGUGGUGCAGCUGUCGCAACUCUCGCGGUGUGCGGUUCAGCGGCUGGAUCCGACCGUUCUGGACAGCGAUUUUUGCAUUGCUAUUUAUCCUCAGUACACCUCCACCUCCACCUCCCUCUCCCUUCUCAGACCGAUUUUCCUGUCCUUGGAUUCGCGGGUACAAUACGAGGUCUGGCUUGUCCUUCUGCGUGCAUUUACGAUACCCCAGUUAUACGGCCCGAAACAGCCUUCGAUCAGUCUUCCAGAAGAUUUGCAGUCGCCAGGGUCGCAAUCGUCACAGCUGGCCCAAGCGCAAAGCGCCCUAGACAUGUUCCGCAUGGAACGUUCUCUCAACGUUCGCAUCAUCGAGGCUCGGCUAAGCCCACCCUUGAGCCCCAAGUUUGGCGAGGGCCGCGCCAUUCACCACGGGCCACGACCUUCAUCGGGGAACAAAGAACUUCAAGGCGGCUAUUAUGUCGAAGCCCUCUUGGAUGGCGAGACUCGGGCAAGGACCAUGAUCAAAGACGCUUCCGAUCCGUUCUGGCGGGAAGAGUUCGACUUUCAGGAUUUGCCAGCGGCCAUGUCAACAGCCAGCCUGCUGCUGAAAAAGAGACCGACAACGCCGCCAAGCAAUGGAGCAAAGGCUCAGAUCUAUGCCAAGGACCUGGCAAGGGAAGCCUUUGCUGGUAACGACAGUUCCGGAGGCUACGCAGGCAUCUCUUUCGAUCAGACCUGUGGAAAGGUCGACGUCUAUCUUGAUGAUCUUGAGUCUGGUCAAGAGGUGGAAAAGUGGUGGCCCAUGAUCAACAUGUACGGGAAUUCCGUGGGCGAGCUGCUCGUUCGCGUCAAGGCAGAGGAAGGCGUGAUUCUGAUGGCGCGGGAUUAUCAGCCAAUGUCAGAGCUGUUACAUCGCUUCUCCAACGGAUUGACCCUUCAGAUCGCAACGAUGAUACCACAGGAGCUCAAGAGGUUGAGCGAAUGCCUCCUCAACAUUUUCCAGGUCUCUGGCCAAGCCGGCGAAUGGAUCAUGGCCCUUGUCGAGGAAGAGAUCGAUGGCACAGCAAAGGAGACGUCAGUCAGCCGGCUUCGUUUCAGUCGUCGCCUCGGUUCAGGCGACGCUGGUGACUUGACCUACUCCAACGCCGGCGAUCGCGAAUUGGUCGUCCGCGAUCUGGGCAACAAUGCUAAACUCGAGGCGAAUUUGCUGUUCCGCGGCAACACAUUGUUGACCAAGGCUCUCGACUUCCACAUGAAGCGUCUUGGCAAAGAGUACCUCGAAGAAACACUUGGAGAAAAGUUGCAGGAGAUCGCAGACCGCGAUCCCGAGUGUGAAGUCGACCCGAACCGCAUUGGCGAUCCGCACGAGGUGCAGCGUAACUGGAAGAGGCUCAUUGGGCUGACCGAAGAGAUGUGGGAUGCCAUUGCUUCGAGCGUUCACAGAUGCCCUGCGGAGUUGCGUUUGAUCUUCAGGCACAUCAGAGCAUGCGCAGAGGACCGCUAUGGAGACUUCCUGAGGACGGUUACGUAUAGUUCCGUCAGCGGCUUCAUAUUCUUGCGAUUCUUUUGCCCAGCUGUUCUGAACCCCAAGCUUUUCGGUUUGCUGAAAGAUCACCCUAAGAUGCGCGCUCGGCGCACUUUGACUCUGAUUGCGAAGUCGCUUCAGGGUCUCGCCAACAUGUCAACCUUUGGCGCCAAAGAACAGUGGAUGGAGCCCAUGAACUCGUUCCUGAACGGACACCGCCACGAAUUCAAGAAUUUCAUUGACGAUAUCUGCUCGAUUUCGCCGAACACCUCGUCCGUUUCGCCGAUCCCUCCCUCGUACAGCACGCCGCUCGCAAUCUUGCAGCGUUUGCCACCCACCAGCAGGGAAGGUUUCCCAAGCCUGCCGUACCUCAUUGACCACGCUCGGAACUUUGCCGAAUUGGUAACUUUGUGGCUUGACAACACGGGAGAGCUUGCUGAGAACCUAGCGCAAGAGGAGGGUGAUCUGGCGAAGUUCCACAACAUCUGUGUCGCCCUCAAUGCGCGAACACGUGACUGUCUCGAACGGGCCGAACGCGCAGAAAGACCAAGCAGCACCCUCAGUGUCAAGUGGGAAGAAUUGGUGGAACAGCUGGAGCAUACCUCGAUCUCUCCGGCGUCCGAGUACCCUCCACCGGUACCCACAGAAUCUCCGCCACUCGGUUUCGAACUGGGCAGUCUGAGGCGGAAGCACAGAGACACGGAGACGAGUACCGGAUCGGGCACUUCGGCGCCGUCUUCCGCCAUUCCUUCAGCCCCCAUGUCGCCAACGUCUACAAUCGGAACUCUACCGAUCCAAGGCGGGCCGAUGUCCCCCAUGUCGCCCUGCUUGCCGAUCCAAGGGGCGACUGGCAAUGUGACCUGGCAACGUGACCCGUGGGAAUUUGCCGGGCGCGAACGCGAUCUGCAACGCGUCUCAGAUACACCGACCACUUCGACAACCGCUGGAACGCUCGGCAGUAACCGCAGUCUCUCGCAGAGGGCCACACAGAAUCGGAUAGCGGCGUCAUCUCCUGCCCGUUCAGCAGCAUCGACAAAUAAUACCCCACGUUCCUCGAGCCGGUAUGCGCCUAGCUGCGAAGGUGGUAACGCAAGCCAGUCCGGAAGCGUAAAAGGCAGCAUUGAGGAGACGAGUGACGAGGAGGAUGUCGAAGAUGACGGGGAGAGCAGCAUGGGCGGUGACAUUGGCAGCCAUGGAAGACACACGCCCCCGGGGUCGUCUCACGGAGGAUUUGAGGAACGCAUGGGCGUUAGCGAGCAGUUGCUCUCUCACCAUAGUGUUGGUCCUGGCAGUUACCAGGGCCCUGGACCUCAGCCCCAGUCUGACUGGCCUCGGCCGAUGAACGGACCAGGGGGCAUGGCAGGCAGUAACUUCACCAUGCCAAACAGUGUCUACCCCGCGAACCCACACGCGUACACGCCAUCACGCGGACCAUCUCAGCAGACUUCUUACUCGACCCUCGCACAGGCAACUGGCAUCCAAAGCAUGGAAGGCAGUGUGUACGGUGACGCCGGUCACUCGACACCGACGGCCAUCUCAACGUACCAUGCGGGUCCCAUCGUCCCGACGCAGCAUUCCCCUGGCGGAAUGUACGACGAAGACGGCUCGGAAAGCGAGACUACCGCCUUGCCGCAAGUGAACGCCAGGGGAGAUCGGAACUACAGCGAUGUGCUCGAGCACUUGAGCAGAAGCGAAAGAGAAAGCAGAGGCCUGCGCAGUCUUGUCUUCAAGAAAAGAAGCAAGGAGGGCAAGGAUCGUUCCGAAAAGGAGCGGGAAAGAGAGGAGAAGCGCGAGCGACGAAAGAUGGAGAGGCACGCCGAGAAGGAGCGGGACAAGCUUGAGCGGGAGAGAGAGAAGGAGAGAGGGAGAGAAAGAGGUGGCACGCAGAGAGGCCGGGAGAGAAUGGGGGACUUGAGCAGCGAGCUGCGAGCUGACGACGAAUGA